AUGAACCUACCUUUUAAGUUUAUUUUUAUAAUUUUUUAUUUCUUAUCUCGAAAUAAACAAAAUAUAGUUGUUUGUGUAGGUAAUACAUAUCCAGGCGGCCAAAAUGAAAUAACAGAUUUAAUUUUACAAAGCGAGCCUAGAGGUCUAGAAAUUGUUACAGAGGGUAGCACUGGACCCAAUGAUGCCACCAAAUACAACUUCAGAAGGGUUGGUGAAAACGAAACACAUUAUAUAUUUAAAAAAGGUGUAAAGUGUACUGAGGUUAGGGCCCAAGGAUCGACCGUGUGGAAGGUUAAAAAAGGAGGCUUUUACCCAGGUGCUGUUAGCUUCUAUGAGCCGGAUGAAAUAGCUAUUAAUUUUAGCAAUGAUUUGAUAGUUUUAUAUUACAGGCGUAGUAAAUGGAGGUUUCGGGAAGAACUUUUAGAGAGCGAGAUAGAAUCUUUAAAACAGCCUCCAAAUUUAAAUAACACAGGUAUAGUUCUCAAUAUUGGUUCUAUAAUAAAUGGAGAUUUAUUUAAUUUUAUUAGAGAGGAAAAUUUGGACAGUUUUACACCUAAAGAAGGGCAUUUUUUUAAAAUACUUAGACAAAAUAGGUCGAUGAUAUGGAGCACCACCAAUCCGAAUCAAUACGCAAAUGCCAUACACAUAUUGUACAAAAAAUCGGCUUUUAUAUCUCAAGUCAAUCGAAGAUGGAAGAUAAUAGAGUUUAAACCUGAGCCCGAGUAUCUUGAGCUUGAAAACAAUCUAAUUACUCUUGACAUUAAACAAAAAAAGACCACUGACUGCAUUAAAUUUGGGGUGUAUCCUGGGUUUAUUAAAUUCAUUGCUACAAACAUCAACAUAUUCAACAAGAUCAUAGACGGUUGCAAUACCAUAUGGGAGCCUAAGAAUGGAAAAUAUUCCAAAACAGUAACCGUUAAAACAACCGGAAAGGGCAUAAAAACAGUUAGAGUAUUUAACAUUGAUGACGAGAUUGAAGAUAUAGAAAUUAAGUUUCAGUUGGUCGAUGUUGAUAUUAGUAGAACGGAAAGCACUGCAGAAAUUGAUUAUCAGGACAACGGCUUUUCAAAAAUAUAUGAACCCAAAGAUGGCUUCUUUUUUAAAAGCAUAAAUGAGAAAGGUGACGUAAUAUGGAGAUCAGAGGAACUAUGCGAUCAUGGUCAUAAAGUAGAAGUAAGGGAAGUUAACGGCAUCAGAAAAGCUUAUAUUUAUGUAUAUGAGGCAGGCGUUAUAAAAAAAUAUCAAAAUGAAGGAGUCGCUCCCGGCGCUGGUUCCUACUCUCCCAGCCCCGCCUCCCUAAUGGGACCAUAUCGCAAAAAUCUUAGUACAAAUGAAGAUUUAUGUAUCAUAUAA